UCUUCAUAUCCCACUCUGGGCUGGAGAAAUAAUUAUGAUAUUCUCUCGUCGGUAAUUAAUUAAAGAAAACGCGGUUCAUUAUUAGUUUUAAUAAUAUACAUAUAUAAUGUAAGAAUUUUUCAAGAAAAUGGACAAUCUUUCAAACAUAUGUAAUCCUGUGAAAAUUCAUUAGUAUUCGAAUGUUUUCCUGGAUUGUAGCUGCGAGUAAAAAAAGAAUUUACAAAACGCAAUGGCAACUCACAAGACAGGUGGGCAAAGUGCCCGAAAGAAAGUACAGGUUUCAAUGGUUAUAAGAGAUGAAGUGGAAAGGAAACACCGUGCAGGAGUGAAUUCCUUGCAAUAUGAUCCCAAUCUGCAUAGGUUAUAUUCUGCUGGCAGAGACAGCAUAAUCAGAAUGUGGAAUUGCACAAAUAUGAAUGACCCAUAUAUUCAAUCGUUGGAGCAUCAUACAGAUUGGGUUAAUGAUAUUGUUUUAUGCUGUGGAGGAAAGAAUCUCAUAUCUGCGAGUUCAGAUACAACUGUGAAAGUGUGGAGUGCUCAUAAAGGAUUUUGUAUGUCAACAUUAAGAACGCACAAAGAUUAUGUUAAGUCAUUAGCCUAUGCAAAAGAUAAGGAACAAGUUGCCAGUGCCGGGUUGGAUAGAGCAAUUUUUCUAUGGGAUGUUAAUACUCUCACGGCUUUAACUGCAAGUAACAAUACCGUAACAACAUCAUCUCUUUCUGGGAAUAAAGAUUCCAUAUAUAGUUUGGCUAUGAAUCCGUCAGGAUCGGUAAUUGUUAGUGGCAGUACGGAAAAAGUAUUACGAGUUUGGGAUCCGAGGACGUGUAACAAAUUGAUGAAAUUAAGAGGUCACACGGACAACAUAAAGGCACUAGUUCUCAAUAAAGAUGGCACACAAUGUUUGUCUGCUAGUUCCGAUGGUACUAUUAAAUUAUGGUCUCUCGGCCAACAACGUUGUGUUCAAACAAUAAAAGUACACAGUGAAGGAGUCUGGGCACUGCUGGUGAACGAUACAUUCAGUCAUGUCCUAUCGGGUGGUAGAGAUAAAAAAGUAAUAAUGACAGAACUAAAGAAUCCACAACGAUACAGUUUAAUUUGUGAAGAAAAAGCUCCUAUCUUAAAAAUGGUUAUGACCCCAGACCAGUCCAGUAUUUGGGUGGCAACUAGUGAAUCUACAAUUAAUAAUUACAGUAUUUCGUUUAGGGGAGACCAAUGCGGAGAUUAUUGUGUUGACGGAAUUGGCAAUGCGGUAGGUGGAAUUAUACCACAAAAUUCUGAUCCAGUUCAAAGGAUAUUGGGUGGACCAGCGAUAAGACAAUGUUACGUUUUAAAUGACAGGCGGCAUGUCUUGACUAAAGACACAGAGGAAAAUGUAUCACUUUAUGAUGUAUUGAAAGCUUGCAAAGUCGAGGACUUGGGUCACGUUGAUUUCGAACAGGAAGUGAAAAAUCGUAAUAAAAUUGUUUUUGUGCCCAAUUGGUUUAAUGUCGAUUUAAAAACAGGGAUGUUAACCAUUCAUUUGGGUCAAGAUGAAAACGAUUGCUUUUCCGCAUGGGUUUCGGCAAAAGAAACUGGCCUAGCUGAAGAUGAUGCUGUCGAUCAAAAAGUCAAUUAUGGAAAUCUACUUUUACAAGCCCUUUUGGAACAAUGGUGGAGACCUUUACACGCGGACGAUGAAAAUGAAACCAAUAGUAACGAUGGUAAUGUCCCAAGACAUACGCGAGGUGGAAAUCCUUAUUUUUCGGUACCGGGACACACGCCAGUUAUUUUCAGUGAAGUGGGAGGUAGAACAUUAUACAGGUUACUUGUUCAAGACGCGGGAGGUGAAACGGAAGGUGUUCUUUUAAAUGACACUGUUCCGCCAUGGGUUCGAGAUAUUGUAGUCGAUAAAAAUCUACCAAAAUUCAUUAAAAUUCCAUUUUAUCUCUUACCACAUUCCACGUCUGGUGUUAAGAGUUUAAAAAAGGAUCGCCUAAUAGCUAAUGAUUUCAUACAAAUACGUAAAGUUGCCGAGCAUGUGUACGAUAAAGUUUUAGGAGCCGGAAGUGAUUCUGGUUCAGUAGCCGGUGGAGGAAAUACAGUUUCCAGUGGCUCUCCUGCUGGGGAUAGAGCGAAUACUGAUUCAAAUGCAGAUAACUCGUCAUUGGCUGAAGAAAAAGUUGAAUUAUUGUGCAACGAUCAAUUAUUAGAUCCAUCAAUGGAUUUGAGAACUGUGAGACAUUUUAUCUGGAAAAGUUCAACGGACUUGACGCUUCAUUAUCGACCUGUCAAAUAAACUAAGACUCGUGUUUUAGAAAAAAAAAAAAAAAAUGAUCAUUACACAAGUGUUCCUGAUUCUCUUCGGUGACAAAGUAGACAAUUAUUCCUAUCGGUAUUUAAUAUAGAAAAAAAAUAUAUACAUAUAAAAUCCGGAUCAAUUAAAUUGUACGCGGUAAUUACAAAAAAAAAAACAGCAUUAAAAUUGCUGCAAGACUUGCGCGUACAUAUUUUAUAAAAAAUAAUUUUUUUUUAAAUAUUCAUAUGAUUAAAAAGAAACAUCUUUAAAUUAGUAGAAAAUCUUAUAUUCUACCAAUUUUAGAAACAGCAAACAAAAUGAAAAACAGAAAUUAUUAAAAAUUCAAUUUUUCUAGGGAAUAAUACCUUUAAUCAAAUUGUAAGAGGAAUAUAUAUAUAUAUUUCUUUGCAUUUUAUCUUCCUUGAAAUCGUCAUCAUUUUUUUGUAAUCAAUUGUAUUUUUUUAUUCUUGAAAUUAUUCUCAAUGAUAAAAGUGAUGACGUAUAUUUUACUCUGAUUCGAAAUUUUAUUUAUUUUUUGAUGAAGAAAAAACAAAUUUGUUGAAUCAAUUUUCCAAGUAAUUUGUAAUUACAAUUUUACUUUUUAAUUUAAAAAGAGAAAAAACUAAAAAAAAAAAAAAAAAAUGAAAUCAACUUGUAAAUAGAAAUUGAUAUAAUUAGCUUUACUAAGUUGUGACUCCCAUUUCUUCGUGCCAUCGAGUCUUACAUUGUACAAUAAAUUUUCAUAAUUUAAAAUCAAACUGAAUGUAUAUAAUAAUCAUUAAAUUUCAUCUUCAUGUAUUUUUAAAUUAAAGUAAGGUUUGUAUACCAUACCUGAAAAAUUA